ACGCAGCCUCAAGUCAGAGUAGACCAACCAGUCGGAACUGGUGAUGGCGGCGAGUGGCGUGAAGACGCCGGUAACGUCUCAGGCAUAUCUAGAGGGAUCUCAGGUCAACCAAACUAAAUCACUCAUCUCUGAGUUAUGCCGUUUGUUUUACAACCUAGGUUGGGUCUCCGGUACCGGCGGAAGUAUCACCGCCAAGGUCCACGAUGAUUCCGUUCCCAAAUCGAACCAAAUCAUAAUCAUGUCCCCGUCCGGUGUUCAAAAGGAAAGAAUGGUUGAAGAAGACAUGUAUGUGUUAUCGUCAAGUGGAGAUAUUUUGUUUUCCCCAUUGCCGAAGCCUUACCCUCACAAGCCUCCCAAAUGUUCGGAUUGUGCUCCUCUUUUCAUGAAGGCUUAUGACAAGCGUAAUGCUGGUGCAGUCAUUCAUAGUCACGGAAUGGAAUCUUGUCUUGUGACUAUGAUGGAUCCUUUGGCGAAAGAAUUUAGGAUCACUCAUAUGGAAAUGAUUAAGGGAAUUCAAGGGCAUGGUUAUUAUGAUGAGCUUGUGGUUCCCAUUAUAGAAAACACUGCUCAUGAGAGAGAGUUGACAGAAUCUCUUGCUAAAGCAAUAGAAGCAUACCCGAAAACAACUGCAGUGCUGGUCCGAAACCAUGGUGUUUAUAUAUGGGGCGAUUCCUGGAUUAGUGCCAAAACUCAGGCUGAAUGCUACCACUAUCUCUUUCAAGCUGCGAUCAAACUUCAUCAAUUAGGCUUGGACUGGUCGACUCCAAGCCAUGGUCCCAUCCGAAGUUCCCAAGCACUUGUAGGUGGUCAAACUACAAACACAUCUCUCAAGCGAUGUGUGGUUCUGGACAUUGAAGGGACAACUACACCUAUAUCAUUUGUCACCGAUGUUCUUUUUCCUUAUGCCCGUGACAAUGUACGAAGGCAUUUGGAAGAAACAUACGAUACUGGUGCUACUCAAGAGGAUAUUGAGUUGUUGCGUUCUCAAGUACAAGAAGAUUUACAACAUGGAGUUGUGGAUGCUGUUCCAAUCCCAUAUGAUGAGGACGGGAGACAUCAUGUGAUAGCUGCUUUGGUAGCUAAUGUUGAAGGAAUGAUAAAGUCCGACAGGAAAAUUACUUCCUUAAAACAGUUACAAGGUCACAUAUGGCGAACUGGAUUUGAGAAAAAUGAAUUGAAAGGGGUUGUUUUUGAUGAUGUUCCUGGUUCUCUUGAAAAGUGGCAUGCUUCUGGUAUAAAGGUGUACAUAUAUUCAAGUGGUAGCAGAUUAGCACAAAGACUGUUAUUUGGAUAUUCAAAUUUCGGGGACUUGAGAAAAUACUUGUCUGGAUUUUUCGACACCACCGUGGGGAACAAGAAAGAAACAAAGAGUUAUGUUGAAAUUUCGGAAUCACUUGGAGUUCACAAACCAUCAGAAAUCUUAUUCAUAACCGACAUCUUUCAAGAAGCUGUAGCAGCAAAGGCAGCUGGUUUGGAGGUGGUGAUCUCCGUUCGGCCUGGAAAUGGACCGCUUCCGGAGAAUCAUGGAUUCAAAACGAUCAAGUCGUUUUCGGAGAUAUGAAUCUUAAACUCAUUUUGCUCUUUGAAUGGAAUGUAUUAUAUUUGUAGUUGGCGCCAACUACAAAUUUUGUGCCAUGGUUAUAAAAUAAAAGGUGAUGUAUAUGAUUCAUGGGACUUUUUAUUAAAUUCGAAUUCUCGUUUGAACCA